UAUCAAUAAUCCAAAAAUUAUUCGGGUCAAAAAUAUUUGGGGGUUGGCAGUGAUGCUUGUCAACCCAAAUUUCCUAUUUUAGAAUUUUUCAUUCUGAUUGCCUUAAAGCCGAAAAAUACGUAAAAAAUGUCUAAAGUCGAUAUGGAAUUGAAAAAGGCUUUCGCAGAGCUGCAGGAGAAGCAAAUAGACACAGCCCAAAAACUGCGUAUAGCAGACCUCCAGAUCGAAACUUUAAAGAGAAAUAAGCAACAUGCCUCUUUUACGGAAAGGGAAAUAUCGUCGCUAGAAGAAGGCACCAAAACCUAUGAAUCUGUUGGUCGGAUGUUCGUGAUGACUCCCAUGACUCAAGUAAAAGAAAACCUUCAAAAGAAGCAAGCACAGGCGGAAGAGAAGAUUAAGGUCCUUGUAAACAAUAAAACCUACCUAGAAAAUAGUUUAAAGGAUGCCACAAAUAGCUUACGUGAGUUAGUACAACAAAAGAAAGAGUCUUAACUUGAUUUAUAAUUUUUAUUGUACAAUUUCUCAAAUACAUAUUUUACUUGGCAA